AUGCAGCAGUUUUGUUGUUGCUUAAGCAACCGUACUGAUAAAGUGUCGCCGGGCGAAUCGUUCGAUCACUCUAAAUCACCUUCCCCGAGCAGCGAUGAAUCGGACAAUAUCUUCCGAACCGAACGACAAUGCACGGACAUACUGUUUAUCGCACUAAAGGCGGCCUUCAUUUUCAUCCUGCUGGUGCUCGUUAUCUACUGCAUGGCGUUCGGCGAUAUCUAUCGCAUAAUAAAUGGCUACGAUGACUGCGCCAACGUUUGCGGACGAGACAACAAACCGGACCAGAGCCUCCCAUGCAAGGGCGCGGAUAGGACUAAAGAACAAUUUUUGCUAGUCGAAGGCACCGGCGUGACUGAGAGCGAUCUUCACCGUAUGUGCGUCUCCAGCUGCUCGGACGUUGAAGGAUUCAAACCGUUCCUGAACCGUUGCGUUCGCAAAAACAACCCCACGGAGGAGGUGGCCACUCGGACAGGGCUCAAGAAUUUCUUCCAACAGGUGUCCGAAGAUCUGGAAGCAUGCCACCAAGAGAUGCUGGCACUAGCGGCAACGGCGUUCGUGUUUUCCCUGCUGACGCUUGUGCUGCUGCGCGUAAUUCCCGGCUUGAUCGUGUGGUUGGUGCUUCUGGCCGUUGUGUUAGCUUGUACAGCCGGCACGAUCUGGCUCUGGUUGCGUUGGCGCUACGAGUCCGACCAGCUGUCGAAGGACGCAGCCGAUUCUGCACGCAUGAGGAUGAACAACUGGCUGUACUACGCCAUCGCGGCAACCAUCGCGACGCUGCUCGUGUAUCUCGUCAUACUGGUGAUGCGCAAACGUAUCAAACUCGUCGUGCAACUGUUCCGGGAGGCUGGUAAGGCGAUCGCCAGCAUGCCAUUCCUGCUCGCGGAACCCAUUCUGACAUUUGCCACCAUCGCCGCGGUGAUCGUGCUCUUCGUGUACUUCACCGUGUGGAUCGAAAGUGCCGGCAUGCUGGUGGUCGAAAGCAACAACAGCGCGAAGUACGUGAAGGACUCGACCAUGCUGUUCACGCGCUGGUACAAUCUGCUGGCGUUCCUGUGGUUUUGCCAGUUCAUCAUCGGCUGCCAGCACAUGAUCAUUGCCGGGGCCGUCGCAUGCUGGUUUUUCACGCGCAACAAAGCCAACCUUAACAAUCCGAUCGGGCGAAGCUUCUGCAAUCUGUUGCGCUAUCAUCUUGGCACCGUGGCACUCGGUUCGUUUUUGAUCGCUGUAGUUCAGCUGCUGCGAACCAUGCUGAAGCUGCUGAUGCACACCGUCCGCAACCCACAGAAUCGCGUCACGAGCUUUCUGUUCGAAUGCUGCCAAUGUUGCCUGCAGUGCUUCGAGAGGUUCCUGCAAUAUCUAACACGUAACGCUUACAUUCUGACCGCGAUGCAUGGCGAUCCGUUCUGUCGGGCAGGUAAAAAUGCGUUCCGGCUGCUAACCAGCAACGCACUGCGCGUUUUUGCCAUCAACUCCGCCGGGGACUUUGUGCUAGUACUGGCCAAAGUGUUUGUCGUCGUCGCGACAGGCUUAAUCGGGAUGGAGCUGAUCCAGAAGAAGCCGGGAGUACACCAUCCCUACGUGCCGUUGAUACUCGUCGGCAUCUUCGCGUACCUUGUAGCGCACUGCUUCAUGACCGUUUAUGAGAUGACGGUCGACACGAUUUUUCUAUGUUUUUGCGAAGAUUGCGAAACCAACGAUGGCAUUAGCCGGCCCUACUUCAUGUCUCGCGGUCUGAUGGAAUUUGUCCAGAAUUCGAAGAAGGCACUGUCGAUCGCCGACCAGCCCACGGGAGCAAAUCCGGCAAUACGCGACGGCAAAGCGUGGACGGCGUCCAGCAAAACUACGCCACCGCAACCCGGCGGCAUGGGACAACGUCCUACGGCCAUAUCGGAAACGGUCGACUGA